AUGAAUACAGCAGCGUCCGCUUUGGAAAUUCCUCUCAUCAUGUCUUGUCUUGUUCUAGUUGGUACUUUGAUCUGUACCACGUUAGUUGAUCGUUUUUGGAGGAGACGACUUCUUCUUGUUAGUAUAUCCGGAAUAAUAUCAUCUCUUGGGUUGUUAUCUUUUUUGUUUCAUAUUGGGAUCAAUUCUGCCGGAGGCCUAAAACUUCCUUUUUCAAACAUCGGUGUGGUAGAUGAGAAUCGAGUAUUUUGGUACAAUAUUGUUGAAGAAAAGGCAUCAGGUAUGGGAUUAUUAGCAUUGGCUGCUCUUGCAAUGUACAUGAUCUCGUAUUCGCUGGGUAUAGGAACAGUUCCUUGGAUCAUAAACUCGGAACUCUAUCCAAUGAAAUACAGAUUUGUUUGUGUAAAGAUAGGAAAUGUGGCGUACUGGCUGACGAAACUAUUUGGGGAAGGUUUCUUUUUGGACAACUUGGGGAGAUAUUUUUCUGCUGCGGAUAUGCUCUUUUUAUUGUAUUCUUUUUCUUGGGUGGUGGGUUUUUUCAUCUACUUUUACAUACCACGGACCAAAGGAUUACAACUUGAGGACGUCGAGAAGGUCUUACCGCAACAGGAGAAGCAACUCCAAAUGUAUGAGUAUGAAAUUAGGAAUAAGGACGGUCAGAAGUUCAAUGAGGAACUCAAGGUUCUUAUAGUAUGA